CCGCUUCUUUGGUCUUUAAAACCUUUCCCUAAAUCUAUCACGCUCCGUUACGUUUUUCUCCUUUACGAAAAUCUCAGCAAAGAAUUUUCGAUAAUUCUCUCCUCCGAUUCAAGCGAUUUUUAAUGAUGACUUGUGCGAGCUCCGAUGAUAAUGAGAGUGAAAAGGACAAGGACUCGGAGUCCUUCGUGGAGGUAGAUCCGACAGGUAGAUACGGUCGGUACGGCGAACUUCUUGGCUCAGGCGCCGUAAAAAAAGUCUACAGAGCCUUUGACCAAGAAGAAGGCAUCGAGGUGGCUUGGAACCAAGUCAAACUGAGAUGUUUUUCGGAUGAUCCAGCCAUGACCGAGAGGCUUUACUCGGAGGUCAGGUUGCUUAAGAACCUUAAGAACAGUAACAUCAUCACCCUGUAUAAAGUGUGGAGAGACGAGAGAAACAACACCUUGAACUUCAUCACCGAGAUCUGUACCUCCGGAAACCUGAGAGAGUACCGGAAGAAGCACAGACACGUCUCUAUGAGGGCUUUGAAGAAGUGGUCCAAACAGAUUCUCAAGGGCUUGGAUUAUCUCCACACUCACGACCCUUGCAUCAUCCACAGAGACCUCAACUGUAGCAAUAUCUUCGUCAAUGGCAACAUCGGCCAGGUCAAGAUUGGUGAUCUAGGUUUAGCUGCAAUUGUGGGGAAGAACCAUUUAGCUCACUCGAUCCUCGGGACACCAGAGUUCAUGGCUCCUGAGCUGUACGAGGAGAACUACACUGAGAUGGUUGACAUAUACUCGUAUGGAAUGUGCGUUUUGGAGCUUGUGUCACUCGAGAUUCCUUAUAGCGAAUGUGACAGCGUCGCCAAAAUAUACAAAAGGGUGAGCAAAGGCCUCAAACCAGAGGCUCUCAACAAAGUUAAUGAUCCAGAAGCUAAGGCAUUUAUUGAAAAAUGCAUCGCGCAGCCGAGAGCUAGACCUUCUGCAGCUGAGCUCCUCUGCGACCCGUUCUUUGAUGGGAUAUUAGAUGAUGAUGACGAAGACGGUGAAAACAAUGACAACAAUGGAGCUGGUCGUAUUGUUGUUUCUUGAUGAGUGUAUACAAUGAACCUUGGUUAAUUAGAUGUUUGGUUAUCAACUGCACGCUCCAUUUCUUCCAAGCCUGCAGUUGUUAGUAAAAGUUAUAUAGUAAUGUUUUUCUCUAAUAGCUUUUGACUAUAACAGAAGAAGAUGGACUCUAAAAUCGAAUCAACUUACGUAGCUUACCGAAACUGUAAACAUCUGACUUGACCAAGUAUGUCCCCUCUUUCGAGUAUUCCGGAGACAUGUAGCCACUGCAUAUUUAAAUAACAC